GCGCUCCACUCCGCGCCGCGUCCGCACAGCAGCGCGCAACGUGCUCCAGUCCGCUGCGAACCGUCGGACGGAUCGCAUUGGUUUCUCUCCUGCCUCGAGAAGCAGUUCCCAAAAGUAUUUUCCGCUCGACUCCGCCUCGCGAAACGCGCAAAGUUUGGGAAUGUGUUCCGCGCGGUCUUGCUGAAUACCCGUGAAACGUAAUUUACGCGAGCAAGAAAAAUAGUCGGUCUAAAAGUCGGUUGUAGUCACAAGCCGACAACAUGAGGAACUCGACGCUACUGAAAUGGGCGCAGAAUUCGACGAACAAUAAAAAUCAACCGAAUAAAAAUGGAGGAACGAGGAACUGGAUACACCCACCGGACGCGCUCCAAAAAGGACACAUCGCCUACCUAGUCAAGUAUUUGGGCAGCACAGAGGUGGAGCAACCCAAAGGCAUCGAAGUGGUGAAAGAGGCGAUCUGCAAGCUGAAAUUCAAUCAGCAGCUGAAGAAGAGCGAGGGCACGAAAACUCCCAAGGUCGAGCUUACCAUAAGUAUCGAUGGCGUGGCGAUACAGGAACCAAAAACAAAAACGACACCCAAGCGAAUUAUGCAUCAAUAUCCGCUGCAUAGAAUUUCCUACUGCGCCGACGACAAAGGAGAGAAGAAGUUUUUCAGUUUUAUCGCGAAAGAGGAGGAUGCGGAGAGGCACACAUGCUUCGUUUUCGUCAGCGACAAAUUGGCCGAGGAGAUAACGCUCACCAUCGGUCAGGCCUUCGAUCUGGCCUACAGGCGGUUCCUGGAAACAUCUGGCAAGGAUUUGGAGGCGCAGCGACGCUGCAUGGUGCUGCAGCAAAAGAUAAAGCGACUGGAGCACGAGAACAAUGUUUUUCGGCAACGGCUGCAAGAUAUCGCGGCUAUUAAAGGCUCGGCGGAUGUGUCAGCGUAUCUGUCGCAACAUAAUCUGCCCGACAUUCUUCACGUACCUGGAGCUCCGGCGGACUCGCCGCAAGUUAAUGGCACGACGAGCAAGUUAUUGCUGAACACGGGCAGCGAUAGCAACGGAAACACGUCCAACGGACCGCAGCAGCCGCCGCCGGUUCCGCCGAGGAAUUUCGAAAAGAGUUUCGACGACGAUUUCAUGGGGAACGAGCCAGCGCCAAUGCCGUCGGUUGGCACUAAAUUGGAAGGGCUGCUGAUGGACGAGUUUGAGGAAGAUUUCAAUCCGAGGGCUUAUGAAACCGCAGCCAACGGUCUUGCCACUCAUCAGUCCAAUAACAAUGCUCUCAUUAAUGGUCAGUUGUCCUCGGGAUCGAACUUCUUCUCUCAAUCUAACGGCACAAUCAGCCCCCCGCCUUUAUUGGCGCCACCACCAAAGACGAAAGAUUCGAGGCGUCAGAACGGACUCAAGGAAGAUCUGUUCGGUAGCAUCCCUUUCAAUCCCACGCCAACUUUAAAUAUGAAGAACGAAUGUAACGAUCCGUUCGAAAUGGGAGAAUUCGGAGCUUCGACCGUGACCAAUCCUAGCCAGCAGGAACUGGAGAACGCUAUCGGUCUGCUGGAUAAAAGAUUGCUGGAGAUGAAGGACGGUUUCAGUAGAGGGCUGUGCAUCGGAACUGAUGACUUUUCUUUGGAGAGCUUGGACCCGCUGCGAAAUUAAACUGGAACGACCGGACACGCUAAGAAGUGCUCGAACAAGAAUCAGUGCUCCGAAACGCGGAGUACGAGAGAGAACAACUAACGGAUAGAGCAAUUAGGAAUUAUGUCCGUGUAAAACCAAAAUUAGUCAAUUAUUAUUACUACCCUACUCGUAUAUUUAUGAUCAUGUUCGAUAUUUAUGGUACACAUAUGAAGAUUUUAAAGGCGCGUAUCCUUCUACGCGCCCGCUGAUAAUAUAUGCUAUUCUAUCCGCUGCUUCGGAACCUUGAAACUGAGGUUCAAAACCCUAUAAUGACGCACGGAAACGCGUUAUCGUUGUUAAUGAUGAGUCAGUGAAAGUCGGGAUCUCAAGUUGACCGCUAGAGUGGAAUGAGAUAUUAUUCUAAUCGAGGCCGCAUAAUUUUAGACGAAAAUUUGUUAUGUAUAACAACUUAAACAGAUCUUUCUUCUGUUUAUCGCGAAUCUCACGUCGACAAUGAUAUGCUUGCGUCUUUCAUACCUUUUAACGAGAUAUUUUGAGAAAGAACUAAUGAACAUUAGAAAAUCUUGCAACCAUCGAGUCGGAUGGGGAGAGAGUGACGGCCGAGUAAUCUCUCGCAUUCUAAAGCUACACUCUAAGGCUAAGAGAAAUUCGUAAUAUACAUUUUACACUCGGCCGGGUUUAAUUUACGUUCUUUGCGUAAAUCCACGACCAUUUGUUGGAAAGUAAGCUGAUAGGCGAUGCAAAUGGAGCAUUAACCGUCGUAGCAUUAGAGAUUACACUAAUAAUAUGAACGCAUAGCUUCAUAGUCUGUCGAUUGAACCCGUACACUCCAUAUAUUCUCUUUCUUUUUUUUUUGGUCUGUCGUAUAUACUGCUACUCUUUUUCUCUUAAUAACAAUCGGAAAGAAAAAGGGAGUUCAAUUGUAGAAGAGCACGAGAGGUUCUAGUUGUAUAAGCCUUACGGUAAUCUCUAUGUAUCACGAUCCGACCAACGUAACGUGAAACGUUCAACAAGUUCACGUUUAUCUCCAUAUAAAGAGGAUUAGUAAUUAUGUACAUAUGAAUCUCUAUCUUAUUAUUGUUGCUAUAUUGUUUAAGAGUCCUAGUUAAGAAUAUAACAUAUGAUUAUCAACAAAUGAAAUAUUGAACAUUCAAAUGCAUCAUCCUUAUGUUCGUAAUAUUAAAUUUCGAAACACCUUGAAGUUA